AAUUCAUUCUCUUGCUGCACAAGGAAAAUGACGCACAAAUAACGACACCAGGAGCUGCAGGAGUUCCUCAAAGUAGAGCAGCGCUCUAUUCACAAUUCAUAGAGAAAUUAAACAUGUUUAUUCCUCGAGACAUGUUCGCAAGCUUCGGAUCCGCGAUCGGCGGUCUGGCGUUCAUGUGGGUUAUGUUUCCCCGGUGGCAGCAAUAUAUCCCUCCCCAGAUCCGCGACUUCCUGAACCGAUGCAUCAACAAGUUGGUGAACUUGUUCUAUCCAUACGUUCUGAUCGUGUUCCCCGAGUUUGAGGGGGAACGGCUUGUGCGCAGCGAGACCUACAUGUUCAUCCAAAGCUACCUCAAGGAACAUGCCACUUCGCGGGCGAGGAGGCUCAAGGCGGAGACCGUCAAAGGUAGCCAAUCUCCAAUUCUAAGCAUGGGUGAUAACGAGGAGGUCACCGAGCUAUUCGAGGGGGUUAAGGUCUGGUGGACCUCGAGAAUGCAUGUCCCCAGGAACCCGUCCCUUUCGCUCUAUCCCAUGACCGAGGACCGGAGGUAUUACCGGCUCUCAUUUCACCAGCGACACCGACAGCUGAUCACGCAGUCUUAUAUCAAGCACGUCUUGACGGAAGGAAAGGAGAUUGCACAUAGAAACCGGCUGCAAAAGCUCUACACUAACAAUCCGAGCAAGAACUGGAGCCACGUAGCGUUUGAGCACCCUGCCAAUUUCGAGACCUUAGCCAUGGACCCGAACAAGAAGCGGGAGAUCGUAAAUGAUCUCAAUAAGUUCAGAGAAGGGAAAGAGUACUACGCCAAAAUAGGCAAGCCCUGGAAGCGCGGUUAUCUGCUCUAUGGCCCGCCAGGAACCGGCAAGUCCACCAUGAUUGCUGCCAUGGCUAAUUUCUUGAACUACGAUGUGUAUGAUCUCGAGUUGACUGCGGUCAAAGACAACACAAAGCUGAAGAAUCUAUUAAUCGAAACUUCGAGUAAGUCUAUUAUUGUGAUCGAGGACAUUGAUUGCUCGCUUGAUCUGACAGGCAAGAGAAAGAAAAAGGAGAAGGACAACGAUGAGGACGACGAGGAGGACGAUCCGGCGAAGAAGAUGGUCAAAGAAGAGAACAAAGGUAGCAAGGUGACUCUAUCUGGUCUUCUCAACUUCAUUGACGGUAUCUGGUCAGCUUGUGGGGGAGAAAGAAUCAUCAUAUUCACAACCAACCAUGUGGACAAGCUCGACCCUGCUCUUAUAAGGAGAGGAAGGAUGGACAAGCGCAUAGAGAUGUCCUAUUGCUGCUUUGAGGCAUUCAAGGUUCUUGCGACGAAUUAUUUGGACAUCGAGGAUCACCCUCUGUUCGAAACAAUCAGCCAACUAUUUGCCGAGACCCGUAUGACACCUGCUGAUGUCGCGGACAACUUGAUGCCUAAGUCCGACGACGAAGAUGCAGAGACCUGCUUGAGGAACUUGAUAGAAUCGCUCAAAGCGGUGAAGAAGGAAGCAACGAAGAAAGCCAAAAAAGAAUCGCGGGCAAAGGCCAAGGACGGGCAAGAGAAGAAAGUCAAUGGUGAGAAAGAGGAAGCGAAAGAGAGUGGAACAUCUGCUGAAGAAGUGAAGGAAAAUGGUGACAUCAGUGGAGGAGCUGCUGCUAAAGAGGUGAGGGAGAAUGGACUUGCAGUUGCAGAUGUUGAAAUUUAGCUGAAAACGGGGCAAAUGGAGUAAUUGGUGUAAAUAGGGAAAAUUAAGUAGUCUUCAUGGAUUUAUCUCCCUGUUGUAAGUCAGACAUUUGCUGCAUCAUUUCAAAUCAAUAAAGAAAUAGUGGUUUGACUAUCACAA